GUAGUAUUUAUAAUAUCGUGUGCGGCCCAUUAAGUUCUAAGAACCUUAGGAACUCUAUUGUUUAUAACAUCCUAGCAAAGAUGAUGGUAGUCUCUAGCACUGAUGAUUUUCAGGCCACAGUUCAAAAAAGUUAUGACAAAAUGAGUGAGUUAAAAGCCUUUGAUGAUACUAAGGCUGGUGUCAAAGGGCUUGUUGAUGCUGGAAUCACUAAAGUACCUCAAAUAUUCAUUCUACCACCAAAAAACAGGCCGGAGUCCUUAGGUACAAGUGAAAAACAGUUCAUUUUCCCAGUGAUAGACCUUGAAGGUAUUGACGAGGACCCAAUCAAGCAUAAAGAGAUUGUGGACAAAGUUAGAGAUGCAUCGGAGACAUGGGGUUUCUUCCAAGUGGUAAAUCAUGGAAUUCCAACAUCUGUCCUGGAAGCAAUGCUGCAAGGAACACGUUAGUUUUUUGAGCAAGAUAUCGAGGUUAAGA